AUGCUGUCCGGAAAGAGGAAGCAAGGGUUCUCAGGCCUUCAGCGUCGUGUGAAGCCUCGCAGAGAAGCGGAACCUGAAGUCGAUGAGCAGAUCAGCAGUGAGCCUGAGGAGAUGGGAAUGGAUGGAGAUGAGUUGAGUGAGGACGAAGAGGGUCCGGAUAUGGAAGAGGACGAUGAAGAGUCCGAUGCCUCACCACCGCCAAAGAAGUCAAACAUCGACAUCUCAUCAGUGUCCUUUGGCGCCCUCGCAAAAGCCCAGGCCUCCAUGCCCUCAGCCAAACGUCGCAAGCGCGGCGCAUCACCUUCAGAAGACGACGACUCCUCAGACUCGGGUCCGGAAGAAGUCGGCAGGAAACCCAAGCACGGCGCCGACCACGUCAAGCGCUCGAGCAAACACGCCCCGAUGGAGCAGUCAAGCAAGAAGCCCGUCUCCCGCCGUCGCGAAAUCAUCGCCGUGCCCAAGAUGGAGGUGCGCGACCCGCGCUUCGACCCGAUGAGCGGGCCCGUCGACGAGUCCAAGGCCCGGAGGGCGUACGCAUUCUUGGACGACUACCGCAAGGACGAGAUGAAGCAGCUGCGGGCCGAGAUCAAGAAGACCAAGGACGCGGACAAGAAGGAGGAGAUGAAGAGGAUGUUGCUGUCGAUGGAGAGCAAGAUGAAGGCGCGGGAGCGCAAGCAGCGGGCGGACGACGUCAUUCAGGAGCACAAGCGCAAGGAGAAGGAGCUCGUCAAGGAGGGCAAGCAGCCGUUCUACCUCAAGAAGUCGGAGCAGAAGAAGAGGUUCUUGAUGGAUCAGUUCGCGGGUAUGAAGAAGAAGCAGGUCGACCGUACGAUUGAGCGGAAGAGGAAGAAGGUUGUCGGAAGGGAGCGGAAGGAGCUUGACAAGAUGCAGAGGAGACCUAGGGAAUGA